UCAUUCUGACAAUCUGAACAACCGACCCACUCAGACAGAUGAUUUUCGGACAGAAAAUCUUUCUUUUCGUCACUGUCUCGAAAAGUCGAAAUUAAUCUCGGGUUUUUGACCGUGUUUCUUCCAAGUUCCGACACUACGUGGUUUAUUUAUAAAUAUACAUAUCGUAGAGACCUAUAAAAAAUAAUUCACGUUUAUUUUUUAUUUAGUAAUUUAGUUUUUACUACAUAGGUCUCGUAAAAACGAGAUAAAUCUGUCCCUCGUAGUUCCGUAUAUGACUAAUACAUUGUCGGAAGGAAGAUCAAUUUGGAUAUGAAUUGUGUGGAACUGUAAUAGUGGUGUGAUAUUAUUUGGCGGGUUAUUUUAUGUGAUGUCUGACGGAGAUCCAUCUCUCGAAGAGGAUGUGCCAAAACCUCUACUUAAACAAGAAGAAAAUGUGUUUACGCCGAAGAUAGCGACUCCUUUAUACACGGGCGGUGUGAAACUGCAUCACAAGAGAUCUGACACUGGAGAGACUGAAUCCUUCUUGUCUGAUGCACAAAGGAAUGAGCUUGCAUUCCAGCAACUAUUCCAAGAUGGAGCUGGAGCAUUUCACGAGGCGGAGAGGGAGGCCCAAGAGAACGGGGAGCUUCAGGCGAUGUCGGUGCUCGGUUCGUACCCGGACAAUCUGUCGCAGGACAUGAACACCGACCGGGACAAUGGUAGCGAAGCUUCAACCCGUCCAGCUGAAGACUUUACAUGUGGCGAUCCAGCCAUAACCCUUGGUCCAAACGGCAAUGGCAAACCUCCAGCCAACCAUUGCUCGAUAGUGAUGGGAGGUAUUUUGAAUAAUCCUUCCCUCACGUUCAACGAUGGUGUGCGAUCGAUAGACUAUGUGCUAGUAUGGGAGGCGUUCAAGGAGGACGCUUCUACGGCAGAAGCCUACGAGCAGAGGAAGAUUUUCGAACAGAACCUCGAGCUCGAAGGCUUACAACUCGAACGAGAGGCGCCUGAAAACUUGUAUGGACUGAAUUUUGUUAAGAUCCACGCUCCCGUGUCAGUGUUAAGAGACUACAGUGAGAUUCUGAAGCUUAGGAUGCCGAUGAAGGACUGCAGUAAGAUAAAGAAGUCUGGUCAGGCGAAUGCGAUAGUGCAGGCAGCAUUGUAUAUGUCUAAGUUCACAGCUUUGAAGGACGUGCAUGAGAAGACGAACAGUUUUGUGGAACAAGUGGACGCGUGCUGGGACCAGUUCAUGUCGAAGAUACGCGUCGAUACUGACAUGUUCCCUGAGAGGAAACAUAGACUCACUGCCAUAUACUCGAAGGACAAGGAAUAUUUAUUCGACACGACAGCUGAAUGUUUCUGGACGCCUUCCAUUCGCUCGCGCAUCGUUCAGUUUAUUCUCGACAGGAAGAAGUUCUCAGAGGCUACCAAUGACGACUUCGCCUUUGGCAUCACAAGACUGAUAUCUAAUUGUACUUAUAGCGCUGCCUACCCACUACACGAUGUGAGGAACAUUUUAUAUUACUACGAACAGAAAAAAAAUCGAAUUAAGAUCUUUGACCUUUUCAUUCUUCGAUUCUCCAUUUGCAUAUUAAUUUGUUUUGUUUCAGGCUUAUACUUCGCUUGGCUCGGUUUCUACACACACAUGCUCAUACCAGCCUCUAUUGUAGGCCUAAUAUGCGUUAUCUAUUCAGCUGCUACUGUUUACGAUAAUAGACCUAGUGAAGACGUAUGCAACUACAACUCGUCAGUGAAGAUGUGUCCGCAAUGUGAUUAUUUCUGCGACUACUGGGACCUGAAGGCGACGUGUCUACAGUCUCGAAUUACCUACCUCUUUGAUAACCCCACCACUGUGUUCUUCGCUAUAUUCAUGAGCUUUUGGGGCGCAUGUUUCCUCGAGCUUUGGAAGCGAUACUCGGCUGAGAUGACACACCGCUGGGACCUGACUGGCUUCGACGUGUACGAGGAACAUCCCCGGCCGCAGUAUCUAGCGCGACUGGCACAUGUCAAGAGAACACAGUUAAACGUGGUAACAGGAGAAAGAGAGCCAAUGGUACCAUUCUGGCGCAUGCGUCUCCCAGCAACUCUAAUGUCAUUCAGUGUAGUCGCUCUACUAGUCCUAAUGGCCCUGGCCACGGUGUUAGGGGUGGUCCUAUAUCGGAUGUCCCUUUUGGGCGCCACAAUAUUGCGCAAUGGAAAUGCUCUGACUACGUACAACCCUAUAAUGUUUACUACGGCGACGGCUGCCUGCAUUAAUUUAUGCUUCAUCUGUUUGUUCAAUUAUGUCUACCAAUAUUUAGCGGAAUGGCUAACGGAAAAGGAACUCUUGCGCACACAGACAGAAUUCGAUGACUCCCUAACUCUGAAGAUAUAUUUACUGCAGUUUGUGAACUAUUACGCGUCCAUAUUCUAUAUAGCGUUCUUUAAAGGCAAGCUCAUCGGUCGUCCGGGAGAUUAUGUCAGAUUGUUUGGACAUAGACAGGAAGAGUGUGCUCCAGGCGGGUGUCUACUAGAGCUGUCCAUCCAGCUGGCGAUCAUAAUGGUGGGCAAGCAGUUCAUUAACACCAUCGUGGAGAUGCUCAUGCCGUACUUACUCAAAUGGUGGUACGUCAUCAGGACUAUUGGGAGGAAACGACAAAUAAAGAGUCCCUUACAAUGGGUGAAGGAUUUCAAACUGGUCGACUUCGGUAACAUGGGAUUGUUCCCUGAGUAUUUGGAAAUGGUCCUACAAUACGGUUUCGUGACAAUAUUCGUAGCGGCGUUUCCCCUGGCACCUCUAUUCGCCCUCAUAAACAAUGUGCUGGAAAUGAGACUGGACGCCAAGAAGUUCCUAACUUGCUACCGCCGGCCCGUGCCGCAGCGAGUCAACGAUAUAGGCGUCUGGUACCGGAUACUCGACUCUAUUGGGAAACUCAGUAUUAUUACUAAUGGUUUCAUAAUAGCAUUCACAUCGGACUUCAUACCGCGGCUCGUGUAUCAGUUCACCAACGGGUCCAUGAACCAGUACGUCAACAAUACGUUAGCAGACUUCAACAUCAGCGUGUUAGAACAUCCGCCCAUCAAGACCACGUAUAAUGAAACUAUGUGCAGUUUCCCCGGCUACUGGUACUACAAGGAGGGCGACAGCUACGAGCACAGCAACUGGUACUGGCACAUCAUGGGCGCUAGACUCGCCUUCGUCGUCGUAUUCGAGAACGUGGUGGCAUUAGUGAUGAUAAUAGUCCGAUGGGCUAUCCCGGAUAUGUCAGGGGAGUUAAGAGACCGGAUAAGACGCGAGGCAUACGUGAUAAACUCGUUCAUACUGGAGGAGACGCGCGCGCGGUCCGUGCGAGACCAAGGAGAUACGACAGAUUCGAAUUGGAACCACAUAGCUUCUAUGUCAGGGUCUGACUUCGAUUUAGCGGCCCAUGGUGAUCAUCAGAACAUCAGGGAUAUUGGGAAGCAUGUUGUCGGCGAGAUCGACAACCAACCGCCGCCUGCGCACGUCUAGUGCCUUAAAAAUAACGCCAUUAAACAGUACGUAUGGGUUUAAAGGGAAAUGUAUCUUAUGGGGUCGUUGAACUAAAGUGAAAAUAUAUUUACGUGCCGUGGCGUGGCGGGGUACCGUGGCUACCAAUAGACUACGACGCGACAUAUAAGUUUACUCUAACCAUAGUAAAUAUGUGAAAUUUAUAUGAUUUUGACGCUCCACGCCACACCACGGUACUGUGUUUCCGCCAUUAUUAUUUAUGUAUGUAUAAGUAUGUGUGUCCAAAGAUACUGUUUUCUAUGUUAACGUAUAAAUAUUGUUAUUGUUUCGUGAAACAAAUGCAGUAAUAUAUUACGCUAGAAUAUUUGUCAAUCAAUUCUUGUACUUCCUACUUGUACUACCUGUGUAUGGUACUUCCAUUGUUUUUUUUAAAUACUGUUGUGCAGUCUUCUUUGUGAAGGGCCAAUGUGGGUGACAAAAUACCGCGAGAUAGGUAGAAGUUAUAUUGUGUAAUAGGGUAGUUUCCUAAAUUUUAUUUUAAUGUCCGUCUGAUAGAUUAUUUUAAACUUUAGACACGUAU